AUGCUACGCAGGGCUGGCAAAGCAUACCGUCGCUUCAGCCAGAAGCCUCUCCAUGAAGAGUGGGCUGCACUUGCCCAGAAACAGCUCAAAGGGCGCGAUCCCCAAGGGUUGGAAUGGAAAACCGCAGAAGGCAUCACCAUGAAGCCAGUUUACACGAAAGCAGACGUAGAAGAUGUACCAGAUGAAAUCCCGGGCAAAUUCCCGUACACACGAGGACCUUACCCGACAAUGUACACAAAUAGACCGUGGACCAUCCGACAGUAUGCUGGUUUUUCGACCGUAGAAAAGUCCAACGCCUUCUAUCGACAAAAUCUUGCUGCGGGACAGCAGGGUCUCUCUGUUGCCUUUGACUUGGCAACGCAUCGAGGCUACGAUUCAGACAACGAGCGAGUCGUUGGAGAUGUUGGCAUGGCUGGCGUAGCGAUCGACUCAGUCGAAGACAUGAAACGUCUUUUCGAAGGAAUUCCUCUAGAAAAGAUGUCCGUUUCGAUGACGAUGAAUGGCGCGGUCAUGCCCGUCAUGGCUUUUUUCAUCGUUGCCGGAGAAGAACAAGGCGUCCCCUCCGAGAAACUCACUGGAACGAUUCAAAAUGACAUUUUGAAAGAAUUCAUGGUUCGAAAUACUUACAUCUAUCCACCCGCGCCCUCGAUGAGAAUCAUCGCCGAUACUUUUGCUUACACUUCGAAGAACAUGCCCAAGUUUAACUCGAUCUCCAUUUCUGGGUAUCACUUGCAAGAAGCUGGAGCCGAUUGCGUUCUCGAACUCGCUUUUACGAUCGCUAACGGACUCCAAUACUGCGCUACAGGCAUCGAGGCAGGACUCAAAAUUGAUGAAUUUGCUCCUCGGUUGUCAUUCUUCUUCGCCAAUGGAAUGAAUUUUUACAUGGAAGUGGCAAAACUACGCGCAGCCCGGCGAUUGUGGGCGGAUCUUGUUACAAAGCGAUUCUCCCCCUCGAAUCCCAAGUCUGCCAUUUUGCGAACUCACUGUCAAACCUCAGGAUGGUCUCUUACUGAGCAAGAUCCUUUUAAUAACGUCAUUCGAACAACCGUUGAGGCGAUGGCAGCUGUGAUGGGCGGAACACAGUCACUCCAUACGAACUCGUAUGACGAAGCUCUUGGCCUGCCGACGGUAGAGUCAGCUCGAAUCGCGCGAAACACCCAAAUCAUCCUUCAAGAAGAGUCUGGUAUCCCGAACAUCGCUGAUCCCUGGGCUGGAUCAUACAUGAUGGAAAACCUUACGAACGAGCUUUACUCAAAGGCAUUGGCCAUCAUCGAAGAAAUCGACGAACUUGGAGGAAUGGCAAAAGCAGUUGACUCUGGCAUGCCAAAAUUGAAGAUCGAAGAAUCUGCCGCUCGUAGACAAGCUCGAAUCGACUCCGCGUCCGAGACUAUUGUCGGCGUCAACAAAUACCGAUUGGAAGAAGAAUCUCCUGUCAACGUUCUGGAAAUCGACAACACAGAAGUCCGAGAGUCUCAAAUUCAGAAGUUGCAGUCUCUCCGGGCGAACAGAGAUGAAGCAAAAGCUCAAGCAUGCCUUGAAGCUCUUCGAAGCGCUGCACAGGGGUCUGAGAACUUACUCGCUGCUUGCGUUGAGUGCGCUCGAGCUCGAUGUUCACUCGGCGAGAUUUCCUCAGCGAUGGAAGAAGUCUUUGGUCGACACAAAGCUGCAGAAAGAAUGGUAUCUGGCGCUUACAAGUCUGAAUAUGGCGAAACAAGCGAAAUUACUGAUGCCAUCAACCGCGCAAAGCAAUUCGAAGAAAAAGAAGGAAGAAGACCAAGAAUUCUUGUCGCCAAAAUGGGACAAGAUGGACACGAUCGAGGAGCUAAGGUGAUUGCCACUGGCUUCGCCGAUCUCGGAUUUGACGUAGAUAUUGGACCUCUCUUCGCCACCCCAGCUGAAGCUGCCCAACAGGCGGUUGAUGCUGAUGUGCAUGUUAUUGGUGCCUCAUCACUUGCUGCUGGACACAAGACGCUCGUCCCCCAACUUGUUGAUGAACUCGCCAAGCUGGGCCGUGACGACAUUUUGGUGAUCGCUGGAGGAGUUAUUCCGCCACAGGACUAUGACUACCUUUUCGAACGAGGAGUUGCAGCUGUAUUCGGCCCAGGCACACGUAUCCCAGCAGCAGCCAUGUCCGUUAUUGACGAGAUCGAGAAGAAAAUUGACGCGAUGAACUAA